GUUGUUUUUUUUUUGGUUUCCCGCCUAGUAUCCGAGGUUUCGUCCCGAUUAAUCCGGACCUGACCCACGUCGCACACCUGGAAAUGGUGGAUGAGUCUCCCAGCGAGGACUGCUGCAUUCACAAGGUCUCGAACUCGAGAUCUUGCUUAACUAAAAUCAUCGAUUUGCUGUUUCCAUACGACGGAUCACGGCGAGGCAGCGACGAUAGACCUGGACAAGUUGAAGUCAAGGACGCUGUAGUCAUUGUACACUUGGCUAAAUCAACGGCGCAUGAACUGGAGAUCAAGGAUAGGUGCAAGAAUUUGAUUGCCAGAAUCGAGAAGCAAGGAGGUCGCAGGCAGCAUGGUUCGUCCGAUUUCAGCUACGAUCCUCUGAGCUACACAUUGAACUUCGAGGACAAAGCGAGCCAGGCAUACGAGAUGCUGGUUAUUAGCUUCUCAUCCGACCUCAUGCCUCGUCAGAGCAAAUCAUUGGGACCAACUGCAAAAACAGCCUUCUGUGUCGGCAACGAGAGAGAUCAUUCUGAACAGCUGACAAGCACAGAUUCAUUCGGUUUAUUCAACUAAUAAAAAAAAAUUCAAAUUUUUGAAGGAAUGUUGCAAUCGUCGGAUCGGACAUUGGAAUAAUAAAUCCAGCUCCUAAAACUCCAUUUUUUCUCUAUAUCAUUCAAGAAAUCAAAAGCUGGAAUUUUUUCGAUUUCCAAUACAUUUUCUCACCCAAUUUCCAAACCUAGCUUCCUUUCUCUCUUCCUUUUUCCGGGUUUUUAAGGGUUUUCUCGUUUUCCUUUUCUCUGGAAAGAAGAAGAACCCAGAAACGCAGUGAGUAUGAUGUUUGAUUAUGUGAUUUUUUCUUGGAUUAUUUGACAUAGGAGAGGGAAUUUUCCUGGGGUUUUUGUUUCUGGUUUUGUAAGCUAGUUUGGUGUUUUGAAAGGCACGAAAAGAUUAGAUCGGGUUUUCAAUGGAGGCUAGAACAAGAACCGAAUACUGACAUUUUGAAGGCAAAAAUGAAUUUCACAGAGGAGAAAAACCUAGAUCCCCAAUUUUAAGCUUUGGAGUGGGUGAGUUUUUAGGUGAGUUUUUAGGGAAAUAAUUAGCACAGGUCACA